UCUUGCAAUUGCCCGUGAACUUCGGGCAGCCGUUAAUUCUCUUCCAGUCAAAGUCUCAACAGCUUCAGCUGUAUCUACUCUCACAGACAAGAAAGUAGAACAGGAAAAUCUCCAAUACCCCUUAUAAAAUCCAUGCGUGGACUUGGUUUUACGCAGUUGUACUCUUCACUCCCUGAUCUCCGUUUUCAAGAACAUUCACUGUGAUUUAAGAUGUUGUGAAGUGGAUUUUUGAGUUUUGUAUCGAUUUGUAAUUUUUUUUGGAGUUAUUCGUUUGGUUAGAUCUUCGAUUUUAGGGCACAAAAUGUGGAACGUGGCGCGAUUUGCGACUUCCAGUUUGCGCCGAUCACGGAGGUUCUCGACGGCGAUACCUGGUCCUUGUAUUGUUCACAAGCGUGGCGCUGAUAUUCUCCAUGACCCCUGGUUCAAUAAGGACACUGGGUUUCCUUUGACUGAACGAGAUCGACUAGGGCUGCGUGGCCUCCUUCCUCCUCGUGUUAUAUCAUUUGAGCAGCAAUAUGCUCGUUUUAUGGAGUCAUAUCGAUCGCUGGAGAAAAAUACUCAGGGACAGCCAAAUAGUGUUGUAUCAUUAGCAAAAUGGAGGAUCUUGAAUAGGCUUCAUGAUAGGAACGAGACAUUAUACUAUCGAGUCCUUAUUGACAACAUCAAGGAUUUUGCUCCAAUAAUAUACACUCCAACUGUAGGGUUGGUGUGCCAAAAUUAUUCAGGUCUAUUUAGACGUCCCCGUGGAAUGUAUUUUAGUGCGAAGGACAAAGGAGAGAUGAUGUCAAUGAUCUAUAAUUGGCCAGCUCAACAGGUGGACAUGAUAGUCCUAACGGAUGGAAGUCGUAUUCUUGGUCUAGGUGACCUUGGUGUUCAAGGAAUAGGCAUACCCAUUGGAAAGCUUGAUAUGUAUGUUGCUGCUGCUGGGAUCAAUCCACAGAGAAUACUACCAGUUAUGCUGGAUGUAGGCACAAACAAUGAAAAGCUACUUGAGGAUCGUCUUUAUUUAGGACUUCGACAACCUAGGCUGGAAGGAGAAGAAUAUCUAUCAAUUGUUGACGAGUUCAUGGAAGCUGUUUUUACACGUUGGCCUAAGGCCAUUGUACAGUUUGAGGAUUUUCAAAUGAAGUGGGCAUUUGAAACUCUGCAAAGAUAUCGUAAAAGGUUUUGCAUGUUUAAUGAUGAUGUACAGGGAACUGCUGGUGUUGCACUUGCGGGAUUGCUGGGAACUGUGAGAGCCCAAGGUCGACCUUUAUCUGACUUUGUGAACCAAAAGAUAGUUGUAGUGGGUGCUGGGAGUGCCGGGCUUGGUGUCCUGAAUAUGGCUAUACAGGCUGUUUCAAGAAUGGCUGGGAAAAAUGAAGCAGCUGUAAAGAACCAAUUUUUCCUACUUGAUAAAGAUGGUCUCAUCACAAAAGAGAGGACAAAUAUUGAUCCAGCAGCAGCACCAUUUGCUAAAGACUUAAAAGAUGUUGAGGGGCUUAGGGAGGGAGCUAGUCUUAUUGAAGUGGUUAAAAAGUUAAAGCCCCAUGUUCUUCUUGGUUUGUCUGGAGUUGGUGGCAUCUUUAAUGAGGAGGUGCUCAAGGCCAUGCGAGAAUCUGAAUCAACUAAACCUGCCAUUUUUGCUAUGUCAAACCCCACAAUGAAUGCUGAAUGCACUGCUGCUGAUGCUUUCAAAUAUGCGGGAGAAAAUAUAGUUUUUGCUAGUGGAAGCCCGUUUGAAAAUGUUGAUCUAGGGAAUGGGAAAGUAGGGCAUGUAAACCAAGCAAACAAUAUGUACCUGUUUCCAGGGAUUGGUUUGGGAACUCUUCUUUCAGGUGCACGAAUUAUAACAGAUGAAAUGUUGCAAGCAGCUUCUGAAUGCCUUGCAUCUUACAUGACAGAUGAGGAAAUCCAGAAGGGCAUAUUGUAUCCAUCUGUUAAUAAUAUUCGGCACAUUACAGCUGAGGUUGGUGCUGCUGUUCUUCGAGCAGCUGUUGCAGAAGGCUUGGCAGAAGGAUAUGGUGAUGUCGGCCCCAGAGAGCUCAGGCACAUGUCUAAAGAGGAGACGGUGGAAUAUAUCACGCGCAAUAUGUGGUUCCCAGUUUACAGCCCCCUUGUUCAUGAGAAAUAAAUAUGGUUCAACCUUUCAUCUUCUUUCCUAUGGAGGGUAAUGUUUCUGCAACCUGGGUGUGAAACUCAGCAGCCAGAUACAAUGCUGUUGAUGCUAUCCUGAAUUUGUAAUUUUGCUAAUUUAGAGCAGACUGGCACGCGAUGAAUACGGGAACAAAUGCAACCAAACCCACAAAUCCAUCAUGCUUGAAUGAAUGAUACGUUGGCAACAUCAAUUCAUGUAUAUUUAUUUUUUUGUCAUUUUCUAAAGAUAUUGUCAAAAUUAAUUGUUUCUUCAAAUUUUAUGUAGAUCUACAUGAAGGCUAUCUCUCUCUUUCA